AUGGCUCUUGACAAAGCUGGUGUUAUAAAUUUAGCUACUCUAGCAUAUUUUAAGAUAUAUGAUUCAAAUUUUAAUGAUAAUUAUGCAAAGGAAAAUUCAGUUAUUAAUGUGCUUGAAUCUAGUAAAGAAAAUGAACUACUUUUAUCCAACUGCAAAUUUGUAUCAAAUUCAGCUGUAAAGAAUACUAUUCAAAUUAUGUUUGCUUAAAAAUCACGAAUUGAAGGAUGCCAAUUCAAGUAUAAUUAUGCUAGUGAAGAUUCGAAAAACAUUUUUAUUGGCUUUUCAAAUCUCACAAUAUCAAACUCAAAAUUCUUUGAUGAUGAAAGCGAUCCAUUAAAAUAAUAAGUCUUAGCCUCUAAUAAAAGUGUAAGAGGAGCUUUCAUAAGUGCAAACUUAAAUUCUAAUCUAACUAUUGAUAAUUGCAAAUUCUAAUAUGGAUAUGGAUAGUAUGGUGGGUCAAUAUACUUAUAUGGAGGAUCCAAGACAUCACCAAACAAAAUUGAUAAAGGUGGCUCUAUUUAUGCCAUAGAUUGCUUAAAUUUUAAGGUUGAUAAUUUGAGAGUUAAAGAAUCUUAUGCAUCACAAGGAGGAGCUAUUUAUCUUAACUAGCAGCAAGAAGCGGUUUAGAGAUAUCUUAAAAACGAUAGGCAAUACUAUUAUAAGCAAGAAGGAGGAGCCAUUUACCUGAAGAAUAUUUUCAGGAGUCUCUUGGAGAGUAAUAAGUUUGUUUCAAAUUAAGCAGAGACAGGAGGUGCCUUGUAUUUUGAGUGCCCUGAUCCAUACAAUUGUGAAUAUGCUUUUUCAGUGAAUAAUACUUUUUAAAAUAACUUUGCUACAAUAUCUGGAGGGGCAUUUUACUGGAAUGAUGUAGAACCUAUAUAGAUAAAUAAGUACUAAGCCUCAUUUCAAAAUAAUUCAGCUUUUAUGUAUGCUAAUAACAUUGGAAGUUAUCCUUAAAAGCUUAUAUAUAUCACCUCCCAGUAAUUCAAUGCUUAACUUGUCAGAGCUAAUUAGAUUUCUCUUGAUUAUGGGUAAAGAAGAUAGCUCUAGGAUCAAGCACUUAAUUUAUAAUAAACAUCUAUAGAAAAGGAUUCGGUUGCCAGUGGAUCUGAAUUACCUGAAAUGUAUCUUGCUUUAGUAGAUGGAUUAGGUUAGAUAGUAGGAACAGAGGACAACUAAAAGCUUGAAGUGGUGUUUAAAGGAAUUUUAAGCAAUCAAAACAAAUCCUAAAUUUAUAAGCCUACAUUAGCAGGUGAUAUGAAAUUCUAUUCUCUAGCAGGAGUAUAUGUAAUUAGUAAAUUGAACUUUACAGCUUCUCCUGGUUACAAGUAUCAAUUAUCCUUUUAAUCAGAUGGUAUUGAUUAGAAGAAACCUGCAAAUAGCUAAAAUUUAGAAAAAUCAAACUAAGCAAGUCAAAAUAAUGCACAAGAGUAGUUUGAGUUUGCCUUGCAGAUAUAACUCAGAGAGUGUCUAGUUGGAGAAAGAUUUACGGAGACAGGAGCGUAAUAUAUUAAUAGUAAUAAUUUUAUUAGAUGUGAAAAAUGCCCACAAGGUAAAUCAUUCUCAUUAGUUUAAAUGAACGAGCCUGGAAACUGUAAGACUUGUCCAGCAUCUUUAGCUAUCUGUAAUGGAGGUGCAGAACUUGGACCUUAACCAGGCUUUUGGAGAAAUAGUAACGUAUCUUAUUCAUUUAUAAAAUGCUUGAAUCCUGAUGCUUGUUUGGGAAUGAUCCCUCCAGAAAAUAAUCCUCAAGGGUCAUGCUUAGAAGGUUAUAAAGGGAUAUUAUGCGCAGAUUGCUAAGUCGGUUAUUCGUAUACAGAUUCUAGAUUUAAAUGUGCUAAAUGUCCUGAUUUUACUUACAACUUAUUGAGACUCAUUGCAAUACUGAUCGUUGCAGUUUUUAUAGCUGUAUUCUUAAUAAGAAGCACUCUUCAUGGAGCUGCAAAUCUUAAAAAUAAGACUAGCGUUUUCUAAAAGAUCCUUUUAAAUCAUAUUCAGCUUAUAGUGUUGACUUCCUCUUUUGAUUUCGAUUGGCCACAAUUAGUUUUAAGUUAUUUCUAAGCUAAUAAGGUUGUGGGAGACGCAGCUUACUAAGUAUUCUCUAUUGAUUGCUUGCUAAGCAGCUAUGACUAUUAUAAUAGCAGGGAAAAAUAAAAUUUGGAAGUUAGCUGGAAUACUUUCAUGAAUAUAAAGAUAUUUUACUUUAAGCUCUCGAUGCUAUCACUUUUACCAUUACUAAUUGUGAUCAUCUGCUCAUUGGUAUGGAGGCUAAUAUAUCUAAAUGAAAAGAGAAGUGAGAUAGUUUUCUCAAAAAUAGUGUCAUCGAUAGUGAUCCUUCUCUUCUUAGUUCAUCCUAACAUUGUAAAAUAUGUCUUUGAUGUAUUCAAUUGUGUUGACAUUGAUGGGGAAUCCAGACUAAAAAAUGACUUAGCAUUAAUUUGUUAUUCCAACAAACAUUAAUUUUGGGCAUUCGGAUUGGGUCUGCCAGUAUUAAUUGUAUGGGGUCUUGGGAUACCCUUGUUUGCAUUUAUUCUUAUUGAAACAGAGAAAAAAUCACUAGAGAGCGUUGCGACUAGAGAAAAAUAUGGAUUCUUAUACAGAGGAUACAAAUCAAGAUUUUAUUACUGGGAAAUAUUCAUAACCUACAGGAAAAUGUUCCUUAUUUUCAUAUAAGUUUUCUUAAUAUACUAUGGAGUUCUAACACAGGCUUUAAAUGAACUAGAGACACUUUCAUUGAUCACCUCUUUAAUAACUGUUUUUUGUGGAAUCUUCUUCAUUAUUAAUGGUAGCUAGUAUAACUUAGAAUCAGAAAAUGAUGUCGCAAUGAAAUCUCAAAUGACCAAAUUCUCAAAGAUUUAUACUAUCGUAUGUUUAUGUGGUAACUAGUCAAAAUAUGAAAUAAUAUCUUAAAAACAAUAAGAUGAUAAAGAAAAUGAAGUCCUAAAGGAAAAAUACUAAGAGUUAUUAAGGAAUCUUAGCAGACUUUGUUAAGAUGGUAAUCUACUCUUAGAUUAGAAAAAUAUUGAGAAAAUUCAAAUUUAUCUUUCUAAAGAAUAGUUCAUGAUCAACACAGGCCUAUAAGAUAGAAUGGAAAUUCAUCAAGCAGAGAAUUUAGCGAUUAAACGUAAAGUAAGAGUGAAAAAAUCAAGCAAUUUAAGAAAUCAAAUAUUCGGGGAGGAUGAUAAAAAAGAUUUAAAUAUUCGAAAAGAUACAUAGUAAAGCAAUGACAAAGAAAUAGACUUAAAUUUCUAUCAAUCAUAAUCUGAAGAUAACAAAAAUGAAGUUUCUGACAUUGAUUCAGUAAGUGAAAUUUAAGAAAAUGAAUUAAUAUCAAUGAGCAAUUUUUCGCGAGUUUAAUUAAAGAGGGAAUUUUUAUCAUCAAAUUAAGUAACUUCCAAUAUCUAUGAAAAUACGUUAAAUAGAGGUGGCUCAAAAAAUAGUAUUGGUAAUAACUCUAUAGACAGUUACAAUAAAAACGCAUUAAAAAACUCUAAAAAGCAAAAAUCUAUAAAAAGUAAAUUUAUUAAGUUUAAGGAAAAUGAUAAAUUUACUCCUUAAGUUCCCCAGAAAGAAGAUUAAUUCUAAGUAAUGAAUAAUAGAUGGAUAGAUGAUUUCUAAACAUAGGAAUUUGAAUUAGAUGAUUAUUAAUUUACAAACGAAGAUGAAAAGACUAAAAUUGAGGAUAAAUCUUCAGGAUAAAAGAACCUCUCAAAGACUAAUAGCAAAGAAAAGUAUUAAGAUCAAUUUGAAUAGAGUUCUUAAAAUGAAAGAAAAAAUCAAGAUCAAGUCAUUCAAAUUAUCUAAAGACAAAAUAAAACUAACAAAUUCAAAAAUAAUCACAUUCAUAGAAACUUAAAUGACAAAGUAGAGCCAAAUCUACAUAAAGAUACAGUUGACAUAGAUCUUGACUUCCAAGAUAGUUUUGAUCAAGAAAAUAGUGUUAAAGCAAAUGAAAAUAGUGUUAAAGCAAAUGAAAAUAGCAAAAACAUAUUUGAAACAGUCCAAAAAGAUUCAAGUAAUGGCAAAAGUUCCUCUGAAUAUAUAGAGUUACCUCAGCCAUUUGAAACAGUUUAAGAUUAGAAAGAAGAUUUAGACAAUACUAAGAGAAUCCUUCUCGAUGAAAGCAAUUCUAACUUAAAUGUUAGUAGAGAAUCAUUUGGAUCAUUUUAAGAUUUUCAAAAUGUGGAUUUCAAAUCAACAAAUUACAAGGAUUUUAUCUAAAGAUUUAGAAACUGA